GUUGAAAAACUGCAAAAAAUGUCGGAGAAGAAAAUCAAGGACACUAAAAAUAUUCUAAAUGACAAAGAACUGGAAUUUAAAAGAGCAAAGGAAAGUAACAGAGCAGACAAAAUUAUUAAAGCCAUAAAAGAAAUUAGCAGUAAUCUUCCUAAUAUAGACUUUCAUCAAUUACCACAGGAGGUUAGUGAUUUCAUUCCAGUGGACAUAAUUGUGUCAGAAUUAUUUGGAUCACUUCAGUCCAAAUCAAUAACAAAGGAACAAUCCAAUAUUGACUUGCAAGUUAUCAAGAGUUAUACUACUAAGUUAAACUAUGUACAUAGACUGUUAACACUGAACAACAAAGUAGCAUGGAUCUCUAACUUUGAAAUGACUACUCUAAGUAAAAUAAACAUUGAUGACAAGAUAAGAACUGUAAAGAACAUUUCAGUUCAGGUUUAUGACAUGUCACUUACAGCAAGUAAAGAUAUGCUCCUGUCUUUGUCUGGCAGUACUGAUGUCAGUCUGUUAACAACAAAGACAGGAGAAAUCAAACCUUUUCUGUCUGUGUCACCACUGAUACCACUCGGCAUACAUGUCACUAAACACAAUGAGAUUAUAUUGGGAGUUAUGGAGGAGGGGGGUACUUACAACCUCACAGACAAAAGUUGUAGGAAAGUUAUAUUGUUUGGGAUGGAUGGUAUACAAAAACAAUCAUAUGAGUAUGAUAAACAUAAACAGAGAUUAUUUACCGUCCCUAUUAGAAUUACAUCUAAUGUUAGCAAUGACAUACUUGUUAUAAAUAGAACAUCUGAUUACGAUGGGAGGGUCGUGGUCCUGGACAGGGAGAGACAUGUUAAGUGGACCUAUCAGGGACAUCCUCAAGUUAAUUCAGGGAACAAACUAUUUAACCCUCAAGAUAUAGUGACAACAUCAGUAGGACAUGUUAUAGUGAAUGAUUUUAUCAGACAGGCAUUUCAUGUUCUGUCAGGGGAGGGAAAUGUACUGACAUGUAAAGUUAUGGAAGAUAUGGAGAUAAUAUACCCAUGGUCACUAGAUAUUGAUACUGAGGGACAAUUAUGGGUGGGAUGUGAAUCAGAAGAUGCUAAAUCAUGUGAUGCAAAACUUCACACUGUAAAGUUUUCUUGAAAAUUAUGUAUGUACAUUAUUUAUAACAUUUUGGUGAUUCUGUGUGUCUGAUCAUAAUUUUAAAAUAAAGUCAUUUAGUACAUUACUCACAUAUAUGUAGUAUAAACUCACUAACAAUACACGAUGGUGGAUGGCAUGAUUUUGAAGAAAGUUAAACCAUGAUUAUUUUGUUACAGAAAAAAAAACUGAAUGUUCAACCAAAUCAACGGCUCUUAGAAAACUAUGUUAUGCUUAAUUCAUGAAUGAAUUGUUUGUGCUAAUAUCAUAAUAAAAGCCAAAUUAUAA